GAAGGCAAAGGAGACGUUUCUGUCUGGGUUGAGGGUUUCUGUGUUUCGGAGAUAUUCGAGGAAAUAGGGUUCCAAAUGCAGCCGUAUGGUAUGCAAGCAAUGCUGAAAGAGGGCCACAAACACCUAUCGGGUCUCGACGAAGCGGUCCUUAAGAACAUCGAUGCCUGCAAACAGCUAUCCGCCAUCACUCGAACCUCACUUGGUCCCAAUGGUAUGAACAAGAUGGUUAUCAAUCAUUUAGACAAGCUGUUUGUCACAAAUGAUGCGGCCACCAUUGUGAAUGAACUUGAGGUUCAGCAUCCUGCUGCCAAGAUUCUUGUCUUAGCUGGCAAGUCCCAACAAGAGGAAAUUGGAGAUGGUGCUAAUUUGACGAUUUCUUUUGCUGGGGAGCUCCUCCAAAAUGCAGAAGAACUUAUCAGGAUGGGCCUGCACCCAAGUGAGAUAAUCAAUGGAUACACUAAAGCGAUCAAUAAGACUGUUGAAAUUAUAGAACAGCUGGUUGAGAAAGGUUCUGAGAAUAUGGAUGUGCGAAAUAAGUAUCAAGUCAUCUAUCGAAUGAAAGCUGCUGUUGCUAGCAAGCAAUUUGGUCAAGAAGAUAUUUUAUGCUCCCUUGUUGCUGAAGCAUGCAUCCAAGUGUGCCCCAAUAACCCAGAAAACUUCAAUGUGGAUAACGUCCGUGUUGUUAAGCUCUUGGGAGGGGGCUUGCAUAACUCUACAGUAGUUCAAGGAAUGGUUUUGAAAAGUGAUGCUGUGGGGAGUAUAAAGCGAGUGGAGAAGGCAAAGGUUGCCGUGUUUGCCAGUGGUGUUGAUACAGCUGCAACCGAAACAAAAGGAACUGUCUUAAUACAUACUGCCAAGCAGCUAGAAAGUUAUUCAAAAUCUGAAGAAGCAAAAGUUGAAGAGCUUAUCAAAGCAGUCGCAGAUUCAGGUGCCAAAGUAAUUGUCAGUGGAGCUGCAGUUGGAGAGAUGGCAUUGCACUUCUGUGAGCGUUACAAGCUCAUGGUCCUGAAAAUCAGUUCAAAAUUUGAAUUGCGUCGAUUUUGCCGUACAGCUGGUGCUGUUGCCAUGUUGAAGCUCAGCCAGCCUAACCCAGAUGAUUUGGGACAUGUUGAUUCAAUUUCAGUUGAGGAAAUUGGUGGUGUUAGGGUUACUGUUGUCAAGAACGAAGAAGGUGGGAACUCUAUUGCCACUGUGAUUUUAAGAGGAAGUACUGAUAGUAUAUUGGAUGACCUUGAAAGAGCAAUUGAUGACGGAGUCAACACGUACAAGGCUAUGUGCCGAGACAGCCGUAUUGUACCUGGAGCAGCAGCUAGUGAGAUUGAAUUGGCUAGAAGAGUGAAAGAAUUAUCUUAUAAAGAAACAGGAUUGGAUCAGUAUGCUAUAGCAAAAUUUGCUGAAAGUUUUGAAAUGGUUCCUAGAACACUGGCCGAGAAUGCUGGGCUUAACGAAAUGGAGAUCAUAUCUUCUCUAUAUGCUGAACAUGCAUCUGGAAAUAGCAAAGUGGGUAUUGACUUGGAGGAAGGUGUUUGCAAGGAUCUCUCAAUCCUGGAUGUCUGGGAUCUCUACAUCACUAAGUUUUUUGCUCUCAAAUAUGCUGCAGAAGCUGCUUGCACUGUGCUUCAGGUAGACCAGAUUAUAAUGGCAAAACCAGCAGGUGGCCCAAAGAGAGAUCAGCCUGCAGGGAUGGAUGAGGACUAAUUUCCUGGGGCAAUUAAUAUCUCGUCUUACUUUUAUCACUGAAGGCAGGUUCCUGACCUGGGUUAGGCGUCUGUGUUUUUUUACUCGGAUGCGAAAAGCUUUGGUAUAAAAAUUUUGUUUAUGGCUGGAAAAAUCCACUUUAAGCCUUGGUCGUGUGAUGAUUUUGAAUCUGAUGGUGGUUUUCAAUAUGAGGUAUUCGCAAGUUGCA